UUGGUGGCCUUCCUUCUCAGCCUUGGGGCUGUCUCUUUGGUGCCCCAGGUCCUUGGCACAGGCUGGUGCUUCAGGAUGGACCCGCUCUUCCCUGCCCAUAUUUUAGAAGACCCUGACCUGAGAAAGCUGCUGAACGACUCCUCUAUGCUGAACCUGAGCUUUCUCCCCAGUAACUGGUUCAACAACGGCACGGGGGACAGCUUCCUGCCGCUGAGCAUCAAGAUCACCAUUGUGGUUGUCUACUCCAUUGUGUGCAUUGUGGGGCUGGUGGGCAACUGCUCCGUCAUGUAUGUGAUCGUCAGAUUCACCAAGAUGAAGACAGCAACCAACAUUUACAUCUUUAACCUCGCUCUGGCUGAUACCUUGUGUCUGAUGACCUUACCCUUCCAGGGUACAGACACGUUCCUGGGCUUCUGGCCCUUUGGCAAUGUCCUCUGCAAGAUUGCCAUCUCUAUAGACUACUACAACAUGUUCACAAGCACCUUCACCCUGACGAUGAUGAGCGUGGACCGCUACAUUGCGAUCUGCCACCCUAUCAAAGCACUAGACAUCCGCACUCCCCACAAGGCCAAGGUGGUGAAUGUCUGCAUCUGGGCGCUGGCUUCUGUCUUCGGCAUCCCUGCAAUGGUGAUGGGGUCUGCAGAGAAUGAAAACAACGAAAUUGAUUGUCUAAUCAAACUCCCUUCACCCGUGGAUUACUGGGAUCCAGUGUUUGGCAUCUGUGUCUUUCUCUUCUCCUUUAUGAUCCCCGUGUUGAUCAUCACCAUUUGCUACAGUCUCAUGAUCAGACGACUCAAGAACGUCCGUGUCCUCUCAGGCUCCAAGGAGAAGGACCGAAACCUGAGGCGCAUCACCCGAAUGGUCCUGGUGGUGGUGGCAGUCUUCAUCAUUUGCUGGACUCCCAUCCAGAUUUUCGUGCUGGUCCAGUGCUUGGGUGCCAAGGCAGAAAGCGAGCUCGAGCUGGCCAUCUCCUGCUUCUGCACCGCGCUGGGGUAUGCCAACAGCAGCCUGAACCCCGUGCUCUACGCCUUCUUAGAUGAGAACUUCAAGGCGUGCUUCAAGAAGUUCUGCUUCCCCACUGCCUUCAGGACCGAGCUCCAGAUGUCCAACAGGAUGUGCAGCAUCGCCAAGGAUGUGGCCUAUGCCUGCAAGAACUCGGAGGGGACUAACAAUCCGGCCUGACUAGGCAUGGAAAUUCCCAUGGUGGCUGUCGCCCAGCAGAGUCCAACCACCCCCACGUCAGAGCUAACUCAGAUAACGGCUCUUUAGCAGGACCUCAAAACUGAGAGGCAAGAAACCAAGAAACAGUUUUGGGGGUUGGGAAAACCAGAUACUGCAAGAGCAUGCAGAAAAAGUGAGCCCAUUUGAUGCUUUUUUAGUUCCAGUGCAC